AUGCAGCAGCCCUCCUCCUCGUCCUCCUCCUCCGCGCACCUGCCCGACCACCCCAACUCCAAGCCUCCGGGCGGCGCCCCGCCGGCGCCCGCCAUGGGGUACCCCGCCCCCAACGGGAACCCCAGCCCCGCCGCCGCCGCCGCCUACUACGCCGCCGCUCCACCCCCCGCCGCCGCAAACGGCUCCGCUCCGGCGGCCUUCGGCGUCGCGUACCCCUACCCCGCCCCGCCUCACCACCACCCGCCGCCGCCGACGCACCACCACCACUACCCGUACCCCCAGCCCCCUCCUCCUCCGCCGCACCACCACCACCACUACGCUUACCCGCCGCCGCCUCCCACCUGCCUGCGCCGCCUGCUUGCCGCCGUCGUGGGCGCGUUCCUCCUCCUGGGCGUAGCCACCUUCAUCGUGUGGCUCCUCCUCCGCCCGCGCGCGCCGGCCUUCUCGCUCACCUCCCUCGCGCUCUCCCGCGUCGCCUACUCCCGCGCCAACGCCUCCCUCUCGGCCUCCUUCGACGCGGCCCUCCUCGCCGCCAACCCGAACUCCAAGCUCUCCGUCGCCUACUUCUCGCCGCUCGCGUCCGUCUCCUUCGCGCCCUCCUCCCCGCUCGCCGUCGCCUCGCUGGCCCCCUUCGGCCAGGCGCCCGGCAACACCACCACACUCGCCUUCCGCCUCGUCGUCGAGGAGGCCUACGUCGGGCCCGACGACGCCGCCGCGCUCAAGACCGGCGACGGCGGCGCCGUCGACGUCCAGGUCAGGCUCAUGGCCGUGGCUGUCUUCGACAGAGGGGGCUGGCGCACGCGACGGAGGGUCAUUAGGGUCAUGUGCGAUGGCGUCAAGGUGGUUUUCCGCGGGAAGAAUUCCACUGAGGCUGCCUUCAAUGGGCCGCCGAGAAGGUGUGAUGUCGUGUUGUGA